AUGGCUGAUCAGGAAGUGGAUUUGGACUCGAUCAUUGAUAGAUUGUUGGAGGUGAGGGGUAGCCGCCCGGGCAAGCAGGUCCAGUUGUUGGAAUCGGAGAUUCGCUAUCUCUGCACCAAGGCUCGGGAAAUUUUCAUCUCGCAACCCAUCCUGCUAGAGUUGGAAGCGCCAAUCAAGAUCUGCGGUGAUAUUCACGGCCAAUACUACGAUCUUCUGCGUCUUUUCGAAUACGGCGGAUUCCCGCCCGAGGCCAACUACCUGUUCCUCGGCGAUUACGUAGACCGUGGCAAGCAGUCCCUCGAGACGAUCUGUCUACUCCUGGCCUACAAGAUCAAGUACCCCGAAAACUUCUUCGUUCUUCGUGGAAACCACGAAUGCGCGUCCAUCAACCGUAUCUACGGCUUCUACGAUGAAUGUAAGCGGCGGUAUAACAUCAAGCUGUGGAAGACUUUCACCGAUUGCUUCAACUGCCUCCCCAUUGCGGCCAUCAUUGACGAGAAGAUUUUCACCAUGCACGGUGGUCUGAGCCCCGAUCUGAACUCCAUGGAGCAGAUUCGUCGUGUGAUGCGUCCCACUGAUAUUCCUGACUGCGGUCUCCUGUGCGAUCUUCUGUGGUCCGAUCCGGACAAGGACAUCACGGGCUGGAGUGAAAACGACCGAGGUGUCUCCUUCACGUUUGGUCCCGACGUCGUCUCCCGUUUCCUUCAGAAGCAUGAUAUGGAUUUGAUUUGCCGUGCACAUCAAGUGGUCGAGGACGGCUAUGAGUUCUUCUCCAAGCGUCAACUCGUCACGCUUUUCAGUGCCCCCAACUAUUGUGGAGAGUUCGACAACGCUGGUGCCAUGAUGAGUGUCGACGAGAGUCUACUCUGUUCCUUCCAGAUCUUGAAACCAGCAGAAAAGAAACAAAAGUACGUUUACGGGGGCAUGAGCUCAAACAGGCCCGUCACUCCUCCGCGAAAGCAAAAGAAGAAGUAA